CGAUUAUUUUCUUGACCGAGACAUGAGUAAAAAUUUGGCUGAUAUCUAGUUUCCCAGAGAAUAAUCAGGAGAACAAGGCGGAUUCGUUUACAAUCUUCAGUUGUGCAUUUUGUCGACGUACAAUAAUUAAAAAAUUGUGAUAGGUACAAUGACAGCCCAAAUCACACAAAUAAGUCUUUCAUAACUAACUUGCUUUCGUAGUUACUAUGGGAACAAAAACUGGUUUCUAUGUUUUUAUGUAUAUUUGUAUUAAAAACUAUGCUGGAAUAUGUUUUGAGUCUUUCAAUGAAGCGUUUUUUCAAAAAAACUCGAUUGGAGCGCCAAGUUAUUAAUAUUUAAAUACUUUUUUUCGAUACAUCUAUGUUAAAAUGUGAGUGUGGUCAAAUAGCGACGAGACAUAGACCAGAAAACAACAAGUUUAACGCAGAAUUACUGUCGAAUACAGAAGGAAAUUGGAUGAAUGAAAUACGAUUAUAAAGGAUUAUAUUUUUGUCCAUUUUACUUUGUAUAUCGACAAUUUGACUAUACUCCAGCAAACAGGAAAGAAUGGCUUAUCUAGUUGAUGAACAACAACAAACUGGAAGAAACCCUGCUGGCAGCAAAGGUGUCAGAGUAUCAAGCGGAGCAUUUAGUGUCGAAGAUUAUAUCUAUCGUGCACGGCUGGCCGAGAAAGCAUUACGCUAUGAAGAUAUGUUGACACAGAUGCGAAACGUUCUCGAAUUAAAAAAGAAAUUAUCUGUGGAUGAGCGUAAUCUACUAGUUGUAGCAUAUAAAAAUGCUGUGACAUCCAGAAGAACAGCUAUCCGACAUUUAUCAACCUAUUGCAAAAAGCUCGAUGAUCAACGUUUUUAUAUCGUACGAGAUUAUUUGAUUCCCAAUGCAAGAAGUGAUGCUGAACAAAUCGCGUUUUAUGAACGUAUGAAGGGAGAUUUUAUUCGUUAUGUGAUCAUUAGCCCUACAUACUCACAACCAAAAUGUAUUUUAGAAAUUGAAAUUGCUCCGCCUGGAUUAAGAGAUUCGCUGCAUAAUGAAGCAAAUAAUUGUUAUUUGACAGCUAAACAAUUAGCUGAAGAAAACUUGCCAGCUUAUCACCCUGUUCGAGUCGGUAUUAUGCUAAACUAUUCCGUCUUUUGUUUUAAUUCAAAAUCGAAAGGUGAUCUGGCGUUAAAAGUGGCAAAGAACGCCUACGAAGACGCAUUGGCUGAUUAUGAUCAAUUACAUAACGAACAGAUGCGAACAGAUGCUCAUGCACUAAUGAAAAGCUUACAAAAUAAUAUGAAACAUUUUUCGAAAGGAAGCUCAGAAGUUGAAGAAACAUAG